CAAUUUAAAAAGCCAUGGAGCUAAUACGUUCUUUCCUUCAACCCAUCAAACCGGACACCAGCUUGUUACCUUCCAGCGCAAUUAUUCGACAGUGUCCGUUCCUUCUGCAUACACCCUUUAAGUUCGGCCCCACAAUAUCACCAACUCCGAUCGGCUCGGUACCGUACCCGUGGAUCCGGACUCCGGGCCAACACAAUGGCAUCCCAUGAAUCGUGGUUGGAUUCCGAUUCCGACGUAGAAUCGGACGUUUCAUCCAUCAUCUUUAACGACCAAGAAUCAUUUACCACAUUUCGCUUUCGCGUCAUUGACUUUGUCAUUCAAAGAAUAUGGCCCUAUGCAACCGCCGAAGAAAUCACCGUGGAACAGAUGUCAGGUGAAGAAAAUCGAAUUAUCAAGGUAUCUCGACAGCCGGUCGGGAAACCCGAGUCUCGCGAGCAAUACGUCAUACGCAUCCCUAAGUACGAUAUUGGACAAUUGAAUAGUCAAGUUGCUAAUCUUCGAUUUCUACGUCUACAUGGCAAAAUUCCUGCCCCGAUAAUUCUUACUUUCGACAAGACGUCCGACAAUAUUCUCGGUUCAAAGUUCAUCAUUCAGGACUAUAUUCCCGGAACUAACUUGCUAUCGUCAUACUCAAGCCUCACACAUGAACAGCGGUGUAGAGUCGCACGGGAGCUUGGUUGUGUCUACCAUGAACUAUUGGCCACACGUAGCGAUACGCCCGGUUUCUUAACGCUGUCUAGGAGUGGCACUUCACCACUCCGGAUCGUACCGUUAGAAGGUAAAAUCAAGAAGUUCAACGGUAGCUACGACAAUCCACCUACGGCUCCAGAUGUUCAUAAAUGUUUAGUUGAUGUUUUCCUAAAGCGAUGGGUUAUCUUGGACGAGCCACUGCCGGGCAAUAAUUCCUGGCCGAGACUCAGGGAUAAGUUAUGUCAAGUGGCUUCAGAAAUGAAAGCCGGAGGGUGGUUUAGAGACUGUCAUACUUCCUUGGCACAUCUUAACCUAGUGCCGCGCAACAUACUUGUCAAUCCAACGACUGAUACAACGCGACCUAUCAUCUCUGGUAUUCUCGAUUGGGACAGUUCCGUCUUCGUCCCUCAAUUCAUGGGUUGCCAACCACCUAUGUGGCUAUGGGCAUGGAACAACGGUGGCUAUCAAGACGAGAGCCAGGCCAAUGCAAUGCCACCAACACCGGAAGCACGGCAGUUAAAGCGACGCUUUGAGGAAGCCGCUGGCCAGAAAUAUCUCAUGUUCGCUUAUGCCCCGGCAUAUAGGCUUGCGAGACGGCUUGUCCGCUUCGCCGUCGAGGACAUACGCUCCAACGAAGACUAUAAAGAAGCUGAACAGAUGGUAGAAGAGUGGACAGCGAUGCGCGGUCACUUGAAAGUACGCACCCCAUCUGAAAAAUAAAUGAUACGGGACUAUGCCAUAUCCCCGGGAGCCUGAUAGAGGUAUUUCAUUUGGGUAGCUGUUAGUAUGGUCC